CGCGCCGUCCGUGGCCAUGGCAACGGCGGGAGCGCGGCCCCUGGCCCCGGGGCGGGCCGCGUCAUGGCGGCCGCCGGCAGCCCCAGCGUGUUCCUGCUGGCGGUCACCGGGCAGAUCGAGAGCGGGCAGUUCCCCGGAUUUGACGACCUGUACUGCAAGUUCUGCUUCGUCUAUGGCCAGGACUGGGUUCCCACUGCGGGCCUGGAGGAGGGUAUCUCCCAGAUCACCUCCAAAAGCGACGUCGCGCCCACCACACUUGUCUGGAACUUCCCCAUCGACAUUACCUUCAAGAGCACCAACCCGUCCGGCUGGCCACAGAUCAUAGUGAGCGUCUAUGGACCUGACUUUUUUGGAAACGAUGUGGUCAGAGGUUAUGGAGCUGUUCAUGUUCCCAUCACACCUGGAAGGCAUACAAGAACCAUUGCUAUGUUUGUUCCAGAGUCCACCUCUAGGCUGCAGAAGUUUACAAGCUGGUUCACAGGGAGACGUCCAGAAUUUACUGACCCCAAAGUGGUAGCACAGGGAGAAGGAAGAGAAGUAACGAGGGUGCGAUCUCAAGGCUUUGUGACCAUUUCCUUCAAUGUAGUGACCAAAGACAUGAAGAAGUUGGGCUAUGAUGUGAGCCCGAGCGACAUGCAGAACUCUGCUCUGGUGCCUGUUACAGAAGGGAUUCAUAAGUACUGAACUUGGGUGUGAGAUACUCAGAGGCUCACAGAGAAGUUAAGCACAUUGGGGCUUUUUGUGGCAAUGGGAAAUGAGUAUCUGACUAAACUGAGAAAAUGUCAGUGGGGACCAUUAUUCCAAAAGAAACACAACGCCUUGAUGCUUUGGAAUAACUACCCAAGUGUAAUCCUUUCAGUAAGCAAACAGGUUGAAGUAUUGUGUAAAUUAAUGUCAUUGGAUAAUAUUUAGCAUUUUUUGAGUAAUAUCAGAGUAUCUCAAAGUAAGACCUGUAAAAAAUUUUUUGUAACAGCCUUUUGUACACUCUUUAUAUACUUCAGAACAGGUAAGUUUAUAGUUGUAGCAGUUUUCCUGUGUUUAAAACAUCAUUGCAAACUCAGUUCUUUUUACUAAUGUUUUUUGUGGUAGAAACGGGAAAUUGAAAUUAUUGCACCUUCUUAAAAGGAAGGGAAUAUGGAAAUGUUCCAGUAAAAUGUACAUGUGUUUCUCUGUGCCAUGUGCUUCCCUCCGCAAAAGCAACAGCAGUUUUCUUUAUAAUCCCACAUAGUCCUUUAGAGUUCAUGCAACUAAUUAAAAUAGCUUAUGCACUGUAGAAACAAACCUUUCCACAGUUUUCAGUGAAGCAACCUGGGUUUUUGCAUUUAGAACAAGAUGACAACUCUUCCACUUCCAGAUUUUAUUUCUGCAUCAAGCUUCAGUAAGGGCCAGAGGGGAAGAGGACAGCAUACUUUAGAGGAGUUAGAGAGACCGUGGUGUUAAACAAAUCUUUGCUGCAUGGUUUUAACUUCUGCUAGAACAAAUUACGUUUUAAAUGCAGAUAUUAAUUAAAAAAUAAGCUUUAGAGAAGGCUCUGCAAAGAAAGUAGAGUCUUACUAAGCCAGCUCUGUGUGCAGUCACAAGCAGCACCGAGUUCUGUGCAGGAGCGUGGGGAGGAGCAGAAAGUACCAUCUCCCUUCAGUGAGUCCCUCCAGCCAUCACAACACCAUGGCUUCCCUUCACUGUUUUUUUGGGUUUUUUGUUUUUAAUCAAAAGAAAGGCAGUAAAACAGCAGCAUAGUGAUGAUCUAGUCUGCUAGACUCGGGUUUUCUUUCCCGCUGCACAAUCUCAGCUAAGGACCGAAGCGCUGCUGGUUGUUAGCAGUGUGCGACAGGAGCCCCAGCGCCAGUGUGUGCUCUCGGAUAGCUGCAGCGUGAGGCAGGCCGAGCUGGCCACCAUCUGAAGAGCUUCUGAUGUCUUAUCGUGGCCUCAGUGAGUGCCCCUCUGAGCGAGUGUCUUCUAGGCUGAAUAAACCCAGUUGCCUAAAUAUA